AUGCAGACUAAUUGGGUGAUAUACGUCGGGCUUGCUGUGUUAGCGCUCAAGUUCACAAUUGAGAAGGUACAAAAGUACUUGAUAUACCCGUCUAAUUUCCCUGAGGGAAGCCGCACGGAAGUCGAUACACCGACCAUGUACAACAUUCCAUACGAGGAUGUCAAGAUUGAUACUAUUGAUGGCGAAAGAUUACACGCCUAUGUGAUGGUUCGAGGUCCAAAGAGCCCGAAAACCAUCGUUCUUUUGGGACCCAACGCAGGCAACAUGGGCCACUACCUACCCCUGGCCAAGAUCUUUUACGACCAAAUGGGUUACAAUGUUAUGACAGUCAGUUACCGCGGGUACGGUAAGUCCACUGGUUCGCCCAGUGAGAAAGGAUUACAGAAGGACGCCCAGGCCCUCCUUAGCUACAUCAAGACGAACCACGACUUGAGUACUACAUCUAUUGUCUUGUACGGUCGAAGUCUUGGUGGCGCUGUCGCAACGUAUCUGGCCACGCUCCCCGGUGCUUCUGAUAUCAUCAAAGGCAUCGUUUUGGAGAACACAUUCUUGAGCGUGUGCAAACUUAUCCCGAUUGUGAUCCCAAUUGCUCGGCCGUUUUCAUGGAUGGUAACUGAGCGGUGGGAUUCCGCCGAGCGGAUCAAGCUGUUGAAGCCAGACAUCCCUUCUCUAUGGCUUGGAGGCGGCAAAGACGAGCUCAUCCCGCCCUCACAUUUCGAAGAGCUAUUCGACCUUUGCCCGUCAAAGUAUAAACUACAGAAGAUUUAUCCAAAGGGCACCCACAAUGAUACUCCUAUGCAGCCUGGCUACUGGCAGGAUAUGCACGAGUUCCUGUUGCGCAAGAUUGCACCCGUAAAUGUUUGA